AUGUCGUCGACGCCGCGGACGACGUUUGUGUCAGCAAACCGGGAAGGGCUAGCCAGCAUGCCGGGAUACAUGGUGAUCUACGUGCUGGGGCCCUCGGCAGGCACUUACGUGCUCCCGCCUUCGCCGGACUUCCUCGCCCGGCUGCCUCGGCACCAGACGGCCAUGCCCAAGCUGCUUGUCCGCCCCCCGGGCAAAGCAUUGGUGGUGUAUUCGAGCUGGACGAUUAUCUGGUGGACGUUGUUCUUCCUCUGCGACACCUUCGUCUUUGCCCCCUCACGAAGACUCGUAAGCACGCUCUUCUCCAUCCCUCUCUCGCGCACCUCAACAGGACAAGAAAGAUAG